CCCCUUUGCUUUCUUUCUUCUAUUUCCUCUAAAAUAAUGCUCUCCCGUAUUGCUCUUCGUUCAGCAAGAGCUUAUGCUGCUCAAGGAAGACUGGUGAGCAGAUCUACCGUUCUGUCACGGGCUGCUCAUAAUGCCGCCAAGCCGCCAGCUAGAGAUGCCUUUGCACCUUUGGAUACCUUCGCUCGUCGUCAUUUGGGUUCAGAACCAAAGGAGGUCGGUGCUAUGUUGAAGCAGGUGGGUGUCAAGAACAUGGACGAAAUGGUUGGAAAGACCAUUCCUCCCUCUAUUCGUUCUCCAAAGAAUUUGGCGUUGGAUCACGGAUUCCCUGAGCGGGCUUUGUUGGAUCGUCUCAAGUCCAUUGGUGCAAAGAACAAGGUGUUCCGUUCUUACAUUGGUAUGGGUUAUACCGACACUGUCGUUCCCAAUGUCAUUCUUCGUAACGUUCUAGAGAACCCUGCUUGGUAUACUCAGUACACACCCUAUCAACCCGAAAUUUCACAAGGACGUCUUGAAUCCCUUGUCAACUUUCAAACCAUGGUCACUGACCUCACUGGUCUGCCUAUCGCCAACGCUUCAUUGUUGGAUGAAGGUACUGCUGCUGCUGAAGCCAUGAUCAUGUGCUGGCAAUCCACCCGUAAGGGUCGCAACACAUUUGUCGUGGAUGAAAACUGCCACCCUCAAACCAUUGCUUGCGUUCAAAUGCGUGCUGAAUCAUUCAACAUCAACGUGGUUGUUGGUAAGGUAGAUGAUGCUAUGUUGGAGAAGCAUGGAAAGGAUAUCACUGGUGUUUUGAUUCAGUACCCAGACACCAGAGGUAAUGUCGCCGACUAUGAACAACUCACUAAGGCUGUCCAUACCGCUGGCGGUCAAGUCGUCGUCGCCACCGACCUUUUGUCUUUGACCUUGCUUAAGGCUCCUGGUGAAUUUGGCGCUGAUAUUGCUCUUGGUAACUCUCAACGCUUUGGUGUUCCUCUCGGCUAUGGUGGCCCCCAUGCCGCUUUCUUUGCCUGCAAGGAUGAACACAAGCGUCGUAUCCCAGGAAGAAUUGUUGGUGUGUCCAAGGAUGCUCAUGGCAAGCCUGCCUAUCGUCUCGCUCUUCAAACUCGUGAGCAACAUAUUCGUCGUGAAAAGGCUACUUCCAACAUCUGUACCGCUCAGGCUCUUCUCGCUAAUAUGGCUGCCAUGUAUGCUGUCUACCACGGUCCUGACGGCUUGAAAGCUAUUGCUCAGCGCAUUCACAACUUGACCGCCGUUUUGGCUGAAGGCAUCAAGCAAGCCGGUCACUCCAUUGAAAACCCUGUUUAUUUCGAUACCCUUUCCGUCAAGGUCGAUGAUGCUUCCACCAUCAUUAACAAGGCUGUUGGUCUCGGUAUCAACUUGCGCAAGUUGGAUAACAAGACCGUUGCCUUGACUUUGGAUGAGACUGUUAGCAAGAAUGACAUCAACGACCUUUUGUCUGUUUUCACCAAGGAUGGUGCACUCGACGCCGACAAGAUCGCUCAAGCCAUCAGCCUUGAAUCUACCCCCGCCAGCUUCCCUAGCAACCUCCAACGUCAGUCCAAGUACUUGCAACACCCCAUUUUCAAUACCCAUCACUCUGAGACAGAAUUGCUCCGUUACAUCCACUACUUGCAGAGCAAGGAUUUGUCUUUGGUCCAUUCCAUGAUUCCUCUCGGUAGCUGCACCAUGAAGUUGAAUGCUACCACGGAAAUGAUUCCUAUCACCUGGCCUGAAUUUGCCAACAUCCAUCCUUUUGCUCCUGUUGAUCAGGCUGAGGGUUACUCUAUCAUGCUCAAGGAAUUGGAGAACGACAUUGCUGAAAUCACUGGUUUCGAUGCUGUUUCAUUGCAACCCAACUCCGGCGCUCAAGGUGAAUACGCUGGUCUUCGUGCCAUCCGUGCUUUCCAUCACGCCAACGGUGAUCUCCAGCGUAACGUCUGCUUGAUCCCUAUCUCUGCUCACGGUACUAACCCUGCCUCCGCUGCUAUGGCUGGUAUGGAUGUUGUUAUCAUCAAGUGCGAUAACAAGGGUAACUUGGAUAUGGAAGACUUGAAGGCCAAGGCUGAGAAGCACAAGGAUCGUUUGGCUGCUAUUAUGAUUACUUACCCAUCCACUUUUGGUGUGUUCGAAUCUGGUGUCGCUGAAGCUUGCCAGGUUGUUCACCAACACGGCGGUCAAGUGUAUAUGGAUGGUGCUAACUUGAAUGCUCAAAUCGGCUUGACUAAGCCUGGUGAAAUUGGUGCUGAUGUUUGCCAUUUGAACUUGCACAAGACCUUCUGUAUUCCUCACGGUGGUGGUGGUCCCGGUAUGGGUCCCAUUGCCUGCAAGUCUCACCUUGGUCCUCACUUGCCUGGACAUCCUGUUAUUAAGGUUGGAGGUGAGCAAGCUAUUGGUCCUAUCUCAGCUGCACCCUACGGUUCUGCUGCCAUUCUUCCCAUCUCAUGGGCUUAUAUCAAGAUGAUGGGUGGUGACGGUCUUCGCCAAUCCACCGAGUUGGCCUUGUUGAAUGCUAACUACAUGGCCAGCCGACUUGCUCCUCACUAUGAGAUUCUUUACACCAACGAAAACGGUAUGUGCGCUCACGAAUUCAUUGUCGACAUCCGUCCCUUCGGUCAGCUCGCUGGUAUCGAAGCUAUCGACAUUGCCAAGCGUCUUCAGGAUUACGGUUUCCACAGCCCUACCAUGUCUUGGCCCGUUGCCAACACUUUGAUGAUUGAACCCACUGAAUCAGAGAGCAAGGCUGAAUUGGAUCGUUUCUGCGAUGCCAUGAUUUCCAUCCGAAAGGAAAUCCAAGAAGUCAUUGACGAGAAGCAACCUCGUGGUGACAACGUCUUGACCAACUCCCCCCAUCCUCUUAGCCAGCUUAUCAACGACAAGUGGGAGAAGUCCUACAGCCGUGAGGUCGCUGCUUACCCCAUGGCAUACCUUAAGGAGAAGAAGUUCUGGCCUAGCGUUGGUCGUGUUGAUGACGCAUACGGUGACCGCAACUUGAUGUGCACUUGCCCAUCCCCCGAAGAAUACAUCAACGAUAACUAGACUGAUUUGGCGCUGCAUCCAUAUCCCCCCCUCGUAUCCUUCUUCUGCAUUCAACUGCAAUGUUCUAAUUCCUUUCUCUUGUAAUAUCCUCUGUUUUUCUUAACCCCAUCAUGUCUUUUUUCUUUCGUUCUACUUUGUCGUUUCCCUCAAAUGUAAUGUAAAGCAGUUUACCUUUUCAACAAGUGUUCAUAUAAUAAAUACGAUUCAGGUGUAAAAAUUA